AUGCAAAGCUAUUUCUCUAACGAUUCCACGGUGUCGAUGAUCGUCAACGUCAGCAGUAGCGAGGAGCACUUCGACGAAACAUACCGGGUUCUCGAAUUUGCAUCGCUCGCCCGAGAGGUAAAGAUCCAGCAAAAUCCCUCUAGUUCAGAAGUGGGUGCGAGCCUGACAUGCACAGUUGUCGAGAAGCCGUCUGCCAAAGCGAUAACUUAU